UAGAAAUGAGUGAAAUAAACCUAAAAAAAAUGAGUGAAAUAAUUUCGCAGUCGUCUAGCCCUACCGCACUGCUUCGAACAAGGGAACGAAUGCUCUCGCAUGUGUCUGACGGUCUUACCGUACGCUUUUACUUGCAGAGAAAAGAAAAACGAAAAUAAAAAUAAAAGCCCUACUUUCGUCGAAGAUGUUUCAUUUCAAUCGCGCAGAGUCGCAUUACACAUUCUCUCUUCAUUUCCGAUACAUUUUUCCAACCAGAUACUAUUCGUUUUCCUCUGUUUACAGGCUUGUGGAAUUAGAGUUGAUAUGCCUCCAGCAUCUAGAUCUAUGUCCAAGGAUAAAAGGGCUGCUGCCAAAGAAGCUCCUAAGCCCCCACCGAAAUCUUCAGGCCAUGCAAAUGCUGGUGGUGGGAUCCCUACCAGUGGAUACAAUCCUCUUUCUGGAACAUUCCACACACUGGACUUAGC